AUGUCACGUGGCGCCAUCUGGCGGCCUCAGCGAAGCCGAUCGGUGCGCUCGCUCGCGCGUCGUCUGCGACAGCCCGCCGGCAAUCGAUCGCGGGGGGGUCAGGCGGGCGCCAGCCAGAAUGGCGACGUCUACGUCCCGCCGCCGGCGAGCGACUACGACGCUCAGGAACGCAGUUCGCGCGAGUCUACCCUAAGCUUCCGUCCCAGCCACGGCGCCUCGUACAAUCAGCAGCCGCACCAGGGUCCCCAGCUGGGAGGAGACUUCCAGUCCAGGGCCCACCACCCGGAGCGCCCCCAGUUGGAACAACCCACGAGCCAGGGGCCGGGUCCCAGCAGUCAACCGGGCUCCGUUCACAGGCUCUCCUUCCCUCCCAGCGGCAUCGAGAGGCACCUGGCACGCUUACACAGUACGACGAGCACAGACAACAGGAAGUCGUUUCCGCCAUGCCAGGUGUCGGACACGGACUCCGGUCUGGGCCGUACCAUCACCGCCGAGACGAGCGAAGAGAGCUUCGCCGGAGCUGUCGCCGCUCCCCAGGCACCGCCACCUCCGUCUCACCGUCUGUGCGGGGGUAACGUGUGCAACGGCAUCUACCGGGCGAGCGGUGCCGUCUCUCCUGGAGGUGCGACCGGAGGUGGUCCUGUACGUACGAACAGAGGUGGUUCGGACGCUGUCCUGGACGACGGUCUGGCACAUGAAAUGGCGCUGCUGCGCGUCGAGCUCGAGAUCGUGCGCUGGGAGUGCGAGAGCAUCAUCCGCCAGAAGAGGCGCCGCGACCAGGACCUGCUGGGAUCGUGGUCCAGGCGACGGCGCGUCCUGGACUGGAUGCAGCGACACGACAGCAGCGACACCUCGUACGACCCUUCCACGCUGUCCUCCAACUCGGAAGACCGCCGCGAGGCGAGCCCGAGCCCGACGUCUUCUGUGGAAGCCCUCUGCAGCCGGACUCCGCCGCCGUCAUGCGCGGGCGGAGCGCCGGAGUCGCCCGUCAUACAGCAGCACAUCUACGAAUCUGUGGCCAGAAGUCCGUCACCGCUGACGUUGCAUGACCCUGAACAACAACAACACCCACCGAGCGGACCCCCGGGUCGGGUCCUCUCCCCGGAGCACAAGAGAUGUUCGUCGGCCAGUCCGGUGCGCCGGAAACUGCAGGCCGGCGCACCCCUGCCUGCCGUGUUGAGUCCCGUCAGAACUUACCGCUUCUCGUGCACCAUCAACGAGUCACCGCAGACUCCGGCGGCGGUGGCCGUUCGGAGCAGCACCCGGUCGCCCAGCUGUUCCCCCGUCAGACACAGUGCAGCCUUCAGACCCCGAUGCAGCUCGAACCCAGUACCGCACGCGGUGACACCGGCCGUCAUUCCGAUCGUGACGUCUCGAACGGCGGGUCAGAUUAGCGACCUGUACAGGCGCCAGGAACACAGCACCUCCUGUUUCCCGACCCAGAGCAUCCCGGAGAGCCCGCUGGCGCUGCACAGCACCAGUUCCAGUCCGAUUCCUAUCGUGACCUAUAGCGACCGCUCGCCGGUGGCGUCUCCCGUGAGGUUCCAGCACGAAACAGGAGGCAGUCCCUCACUGGCGUCGCCCUGCGGGGGGUCAUCCCGGUCUUCCAGGCCCUCGUUGAGCGAAGACAAGCCUCGUAGGUGGUUCGAUAGCAUUCUCCAGCAACAGGACCCUUCCGCCUAUCAAGCCCACGAGCCCGCUCAGCUGUGCUCCUUCUACAGUCCUCAGAGGCAGUGCGCCAAGUCUAGUAGUAGCAGGCUUCAACCAGUCUUCGAGGCCGAGUGCUACGGUGGUAGGGGUGCCAGAGGUGGAGGAGGAGGCAUCCUCGACUUGGACCUCGAAGUUCGUCACCAAAGAGUACGAGAUAUUUCCCGGUGA